AUGGACGACGAACCCGAGCGGACUAAGCGCUGGGAAGGAGGCUACGAGAGAACAUGGGAGAUUCUGAAGGAGGAUGAGUCUGGCUCGCUGAAAGCGACCAUCGAGGACAUUCUGUUCAAGGCCAAGAGGAAAAGACUUCAUGAGCAGCAUGGACAAGUUAGACUUGGAAUGAUGCGCCACCUGUAUGUGGUUAUUGAUGGAUCAAGAACUAUGGAGGACCAGGAUUUAAAGCCGAACAGACUUACUUGCACUUUGAAGUUGUUGGAAUAUUUUGUUGAAGAAUACUUUGACCAAAAUCCUAUUAGUCAGAUUGGCUUAAUUGUAACCAAGAAUAAAAGAGCUGAAAAAAUGACAGAACUUUCAGGUAACUCAAAAAAGCACAUAACUGCUCUGAAGAAAGCAGUGGAUAUGAACUGCACUGGAGAGCCAUCUCUAUAUAAUUCCCUAAAUUUGGCCAUGCAGACCUUAAAGCACAUGCCGGGACAUACAAGCAGAGAGGUUCUGGUAGUCUUCAGCAGCCUGACAACAUGUGAUCCAGCCAACAUCUAUGAUCUAAUUAAGAGUUUAAAAGCAGUUAAGAUCAGAGUAUCUGUCAUCGGCCUAAGCGCAGAAGUUGAAGUUUGUACAGUACUUGCCCGAGAAACUGGUGGAACGUACCAUGUUAUUUUAGAUGAAAGUCAUUACAAGGAACUGCUGACACAUCAUGUUAGUCCUCCGCCUGCCAGUCCAAAUUCUGAGUGCUCACUUAUUCGAAUGGGUUUCCCUCAGCAUGCCAUGGCUUCUCUAUCUGAUCAAGACGUAAAGCCAUCUUUUAGCAUGACGCAAUUGGAUAACAACAGUGAGACAGGUGUUUCAGUGGGUGGAUACUUCUGUCCCCAGUGUAGAGCCAAAUACUGUGAACUUCCUGUGGAAUGCAAAAUCUGCG